AUGAUAUAUGACGGCGAUGAAGUGUGCGACGUUUGCCUUUGUGGAGACUUCAAUAGCGACAACCAGAUAGUAUUUUGCGACUCGUGUAACUGUGCUGUCCACCAGGCGUGUUAUGGGAUUUCUGACGCCGAGGUUGCUGCAGAUCGCUGGCUCUGCAAAGCCUGCGCCCAGGAGUUCGAAGGCCCCUGCUUUCUCUGUGGAUUCUCCUUGUCUGGCUUUAGCAGCAAGGAGUAUGUCAUAAUCGGGAGGCCAGCGGCGACGAGGUUUGUUCACUGCCUAUGCUUCCGGAUAUUUCCCUCUCUGGUGUAUUCCCCGGACGACUCAACAAUUCAGAUAACCCCCGCAGCCCACUUACGAUUGGAGUCCAUGCGGGAGCAAUUUAAGAAACGGCCUUGCCUUUGGUGUGCGAGCAAGCCGACCAGCAACGGGAUCACGAUGGUAUGUCGUGCCCCAACUGGAUGCACUAGUAGCUACCAUCCCCUGUGCCUGGUCCUAGCGGGCGGGGGAAUAUGGGAGGAGGGGUUCGAUACAUACGAUGUUAUCCAUGCCCUAUGCCCCACGCACGUAAGCUACAAUUGGGCAACGUGGCGACAACAGAAAGUGGCCAGCGGCUCUUUUGACAACGCCAUGGCUGAGGUCCAGAGCCUGUUGUUAAAUCCUCCCCUUAAGCAGUCGCUGCGUCAGAACACUGCGACCGCCUACAAGAUAGGGGCCCACACUGUGCGAGACUAUGGAACCGUUUCAACGGAAGGCUUCAUGCUUAUGGGGUUUCUCGACGAUGUGCAUCAGGAAGCAGCCGCCCAGUAUCCACUCUGCGUCACGUCGUAUCAGGGUAGGGCCUCUGAACCGUAUGCUUUGGGCACACACGAAGCAGCCCUUCUUAAGCAUCUUCAAAUAACUGCAAGACUAACGACGUCAUGCCCGCGAUGCAUCCGAGCAGGGGAUUCCCUUCGACUGAUUGACGAUGGUGCUCUUGUUACUGCUUUGGAGCGUCAGUUUGCGAGCUGCAGCUCUCUAUCCGAGCUGCUGGCGCAAUCUCUUGCGUGCGUAUCUGCAAUUAGCUCCUCCAUAUUUGCUUCCCUGUCCCUAGUUCCAGGUAUGCUUUUGUGGCGGUCGUUCUCCUCGGACAAGGCGUUGUUGGGCUCGGAUGCCCAUCCACAGACCCUCGAUGGAUAUGAUGCCACUUUUACCAUUCCCUGCCUCGAGCUUUACUUGGCAGUUCUACAGCAUCCAGUGACCAUCUUUCUGAUCCCUGGAGACGGUGACACCGACACCGUGAGUGCAACGAUUCUACGACCUCCAGUCGCAGUCACAGGCUGCAACCUUCUGUUAAGAAAGGGCAGUUAG